UCUUCACACACAGUUGUUGCUCACUGUGCAGCACAGAGCUCGGCAGAAAAUUGUAACUGUGAACCACUUUUCAGGAACAGCUUGGUAAACUGAGUCUCUAUGUAUUUGAGACCCUAAAAUGAUGUGUAUGUUUUCAUCAUCAGUUUUGACCGGUUGAUUAACACUGACAUCUAUUGAGCUGAAUUAUUCUAUCAUCUUUAAGAGCUAAAUUACUGCAGUAAAUGGCAGCCAAUGACUCUUCAGUGCGUGUAAACAAUGACAGUGUCAUUCUAGUUCAGGUUUUCAUAUCACUUUUCCUUUGCAUCAACUUUUUGCUGAUCACAGUCUUUUUCAUGAAGGAUUUCUUCUACACAACCAUGCGCUACAUCUUCUUUGCAAUGACUCUCAUGUCUGAUUGUGUGAUUUUAAUCCUGAGUGAUGUUCUGCUUCUUUUAUUUCACUUUCAUUUCACUAUACAAAUGUCCUUCUGCCUUAUUGUGUAUGUGACUGUGUCCUUAUACACUUUUAUCCCUCCACUGACUCUGACAGUGAUGACGCUGGAGCGCUUUGUGGCCAUUUGCAUGCCCCUGCGACACGGAGAGCUGUGCUCCACACGCAGCGCUCUGCACUGCAUCCUCAUCAUUCAUGCCAUCAGCGCUCUGCCCGAUGUGAUUUUUCUCUCCAUCUUCUUUGCGUCUGUGAACCACAGCUUCUACACCCAGAGCGGUGAGUGCUCUGUGGAGAAUUUCAUCCUCCAUACCUGGCAGGGUCAUCUUAGGUCUGCAAUAAGUCAGUUUUACUUCUUGAUCAUGGUUAUCAUUAUCAUGUUCUCAUACUUCAAAAUAAUGAAGGUGGCCAGGGCUGCAUCAGGACAGAACAGGAAGUCGACAAGGAAAGGCCUCAGAACUGUGGUUCUUCAUGGCUUUCAGCUGUUCCUCUGUCUUUUCUUGCUGUGGUGUCCUAUCAUUGAAGCUGCUGUGCGUCAGAUUAACGUGGUGCUCUACGUUAAUGUCAGGUACUUUAACUACAUCGUGUUCAUUCUUUCUCCGAGGUGUUUGAGUCCUCUCAUUUACGGCCUCAGGGAUGAAAGGUUUUUUGUUGAUCUGAGAAGCUUUGUUCUUUGUGGUUUGUAUAAGAAGCAAUUGUCAAAUGAAUCGUGACUGACCUGUGAAAUACACAUAAAAUAACACGUCUGCUUCUUUUUAUUUUUGUAAAACACGCCGAGUUACCGCUGUGAAUGAAUAUGUGCUGUACAAAUUCAUUUGAAUUGUCUAGCCUUCAUAGAAACAUCUAUUUAUAAGUCAUAUGGCAAAAACAACAUAAAUGCUCAAAUAUGUGUCCAAAGACACUGACACUUACUUUAAAUCAAUGAAAACCAAUCCUUCCAGAUUUAUGGACAAUAUUUUUUCAUUUUUCAACCUCAGCUUCAGGACCUCUCGAUUGUCAUUGUUUGUGGUCACUUCUUAUUUAUCACUGUUACGAAUAUCUUGCGAUUGUAUGAACAUUAAGACCAACUUCUGAUAUAUAUUGGUAAAAGUUAUGCCUGUUUUGAUGAUGAAUGCUGUAAUAAGCCAGGUUUUGGAUGUACGUGUGUAUUAUUAAAUAAAAUGACCUCUCACAUGAAGGUAAAAUACCCUCAGAGAACUGUCACAGCUUCUCUGCUUUACUGGUAUCACACCUGCAUGGCAUAUACUCUUUCUUCUAGAUA